AACCAACCAUAGAUUACUCUAAUGUUUGGACCCUACAUGUCUCCGCCUACAACAUUCACAGAAGAAAAGCUCCAUCCCCAUCUGAUCAAAUUCCUCAACCUUUCAGGAGCUGGACCCAACAGCAAGCACUCCACUUCCAAAGAGAAAAUAGUUGAUGGAUUUCCUUGUCCCCAUUUCCACGUCUUUCUUUAUGGAAAGGAGAGCUAAACGAAAAACUGAUACAAGAACCAACCAUGAAACCCGCAAACCAGAACCGAGCCACUCAGCUCAGCUCCACGAGCCAAUCAAUAUGGCUUCCUGAAUCAGUGCGGACUUUUGUCUCCAAACCGCAACAGAGAUGUUUGAGGAGUACUGUUACCUGUAUUGGAAUGUGGGAUCACAUUAAUAUCAUAUCCAUGUUGCAUAAUAAAUUCUACAAGAAACUGUUUAAUGGAAUCAAUGAUAACAAUUCAUGGAGAAGACGAAAGAAAACAGAGAGAGAUAGGCCCAGCAAGGAGCAAUGAAAUUCAAACUUGCCCUUUUGGAUGAUGAUUGUUGACUUUUGAGGAUACCCAUAAAUCCUCCAUUGGAAAGCACUUUGAGAGGUAAAGAAUUCGAGCCAUUUUCAGAAUGGAUGGUAAGUUCGACAUGAAAUUACUGAAAUGUCCAGCUGAGCUUCAUGAGUGAACACUAGCACUAGCAGCAGACCAUUUUCCUCGAGAUGGGCCUGAUUCCCUUCUCUCUAGUGGAAGCUCUCUCUCUCUCUCUCUCUCUCUCACUAUCUUCCCUUCCUUUUUUGGUUCUGGCUUCUGGUUUAAGUGAAAUAUGAAAAAGGUUCCGGUUUCCCAUGAUUAAACAUGCAACGAAGAAAUGAGGAGUCAGCUAGCUUCAUAGACCUCUUUUUUAUCUCACCCAAUAAAAGAGCCACUCUUUCACUCAAAACCCACACUAUCUUUUUCUUCACUCUCACAAACCACACUAAAGUGGGAAAAGAAAGGAAGCCAAAGGAGCAAUAACUCACCACCAACCUAACACAAUGCUGCAAAUCACCAGCAUUGUUCUGGUUUUGCUCCUUAGCUCCUUCCCACACCUCCCAUGGGCAAUGCUCAACCUCACUCUCCCAUCUGCCCACCCUGACCCUGAAUUCGUAGCUCAAGAAGUUAGAAGGAGAGUGAAUGCUUCAGUCUUUAGAAGGGAAAUGCUCCAAACUACCCAGAGAGACCAAUCCUCCUCUCCCCUUUGCUUCACCGGGAACCCAAUCGACGACUGCUGGAAAUGCGACCCGGACUGGCCCAACAACCGCCAGCGGCUGGCUGAUUGCGCCAUUGGCUUCGGCCAGUACGCAAUGGGAGGCAAGAACGGCGACUAUUACAUAGUCACUGACUCCUCCGACGACGAUGCAGUCAACCCUAAACCGGGAACCUUAAGGUACGCCGUGAUUCGGGAGGAGCCGCUCUGGAUUGUGUUCCCCAGCAACAUGCACAUCAAGCUGGAACAAGAACUCAUCUUCAACAGCUUCAAAACCAUCGACGGCCGAGGCGCCAAUGUUCACAUAACUGGCGGCGGAUGCAUUACCUUGCAGUAUAUCAGCAAUGUGAUCAUCCAUAACGUCCACAUUCACCAUUGUGUUCCUUCAGGUAACACAAAUGUAAGGUCGAGUCCGACGCACUACGGCUACAGAACCAAAUCAGACGGCGACGGGAUCUCAAUCUUCGGCGCAAAGGACAUUUGGAUUGACCACUGCACUCUAUCUCACUGCACCGACGGGCUAAUCGACGCCGUGAUGGGUUCCACCGGAAUCACCAUCUCCAACAACUUCUUCUCCCACCACAACGAGGUAAUGCUGCUGGGUCACAGCGACGAAUACUUGCCGGAUUCCGGGAUGCAGGUCACCAUCGCUUUCAAUCACUUCGGCGAACAGCUCGUCCAGCGAAUGCCCCGGUGCCGGCGAGGGUACAUUCACGUUGUGAACAACGAUUUCACGGAGUGGGAGAUGUACGCCAUUGGAGGGAGUGGGCACCCGACGAUUAACAGCCAGGGGAAUCGCUACGUCGCUCCUUCAAACCCUAAUGCGAAGCAGGUACGCACCCAAAAGUUUUAAAUUGGGUUCAAUAGGGGCGAAAUCGGAGUUGGGAAUUUGGGGGGUUUUACUUUACUUGGGUGGAAUUGGGGAUUCCCAGGUGACGAAGAGGCUAGAUUCCGGCGACGGCGAGUGGAAGGACUGGAACUGGCGGUCGGAAGGGGACGUGAUGGUGAACGGAGCUUUCUUCGUGUCGUCGGGAGAAGAACUGGAAGUGAAGUAUGAGAAGGCUUACAGUGUGGACCCGAAAUCUGUGGAUCUCAUCGGCCAACUGACGUUCCACGCCGGCGCUCUUGGGGUCGGCGGCAGGGACAACAAUUUGGGGAAGUGGGGGACCGGGCCCAACGGAGGAACUCCCGGGUUAGGAAACAACGACGACUACUCCGACGACUAUGCCGGCGGCGACCUUCCGUCUUCGCCGACUAUCCUCCUGAGGUCUCUAUCUUUAUUUGUGGCGAUUUCUUGCUUGACCUUUAUGCUAUAGCAAGGAAGAUUUAGAAGUCAUUUUUUGCUUUCUUGUUUUGCAAUUAUGUUGUGGAAAGAAAACAAGUGUACUAUAAUGUUUGGUGACCAAAAAAUUCUAUGCAACAUUGCAAUCUAACAUUUUUCCUUGGAUCCAACUCUAUCAAGAAGUGUGUUCUUAUGCUUGUUGGGUAUUUUUAAAGAAUUUUGGAUGAUGGGUUUUUGAAGAUCUUAUGAAUCUUUGGCAUAUCAUGACAAUAGGGCAAGCCAAGUUGGUAUAAGGUAGUGGAUGUUCUUGUAGAACAAAGCCUCAUCAAUUAUGUCCUUUACUUCUAAAAUAGAGUGUAAGGACAAAUAA